AUGGCGACAAUUAUAAGGAAGUCCAUAGAGGCGUACAAGUUUGUAUUCAUUGAAAUUCCAGAUCCGAGAACGAAAGACUGGUUUCUGCUAGCGAAGCCGUACCAGGGGCUAACGCUUUUAGCACUUUAUUUGCUUUUUGUACUCAAAUGGGGUCCGAAGCUAAUGAAGGAUCGACAACCGUUAAAUCUAGAUAAAAUUAUGAUUGUAUAUAAUUUAAUACAGAUCAUUUCUUGUGCAUUUAUGUUUAUUACAGGCCUCAAUAUUUGGACUACUAAAUAUAGGCUAUUCUGUGAACCGGUCGACUUCUCUGAUUCAGAAGAAUCUUUAUAUAUAGCGAAAUUAGUUUACUAUUAUUUCAUAUUGAAAAUUUUGGAUCUUGCUGAUACGAUAUUUUUCGUUUUCCGCAAGAAGUUCAAGCAAAUAUCAUUUUUACACGUCUAUCACCACACUGGGAUGGUGUUGAUAAUUUGGGGUGCAGGCACAUAUCUACCAGGUGGACAUGCGACAUUUGUGGGGCUAAUAAAUUCAUUUGUACAUGUCGUGAUGUACUCAUACUAUCUUUUGACUAUCAUUAAGCCUUCAAUGAAGAAUUCAGUUGCGAUUAAAAAAUUUGUCACACAAAUUCAAAUUAUACAAUUUCUUCUAUUCUCAUUGCAUAUGGGAUCGUUGGUGUUCAUACCAGAUUGCGCCUAUCCCAGAUGGACAUCAGCGGUCUUCCUGCCUCAGAAUCUAUUUAUGCUGAUACUUUUCAUAGAUUUUUAUAUAAAAACUUAUAUCAGAAAACCUAAACAGUCAGCACAGAGUAAAAAAAUAAAUGAAGAAAACAGGGAAAACGGAGAUACUCCGCAAAAAAAUGGAAGUAAUAAAAUUGGAUCUGAAUAUAAACUCGCCGAGGACUCAAAAGCAAUUUUAAGAAAUGGACAUAAACAAAAUGUGGAGUAA